AAAUACAUUAACUCUAUUAUAUAAACUGCGCAGACUACUUUUCGUUGUGUCAAAGUGUCAUUUUGUCUGUGUUGUCCCAAGAAAAGAUAUACUUAAAGUGUAUGUCAACACCUGGGGAAAUGCUAAUAUUCCAUCAUUUAUCCAUAAACGAAUGCCUUUUGGAUUCAUAUCAUGUCACUUCGUGUAAUUACACACAUCGCAACACCAAGAAAAUGAGAGAAAUUUGGGUCAAUUUCAGGCUAAAAAGACCCGCCCCCGAGAUCCCGGAAAUCUGGCAGAUUGUGUGCGUGACAUCAAAACAAGGAAACAACCGGCUCAGUGCUUUAGUACUGAAUGGCGGCGAUGAUGGCGGACAAUUACGUUUCUAGUUGCAGCGACGAAUCCGACGUAACGAACAUUCUUCUAAUGGUGAAUAGGAGAGUUAUGAACCUUUCUUCGGUGUUUUGGGUUAUCAAUUUGAGCCCAAACGAAAGCCAAUGCAGCCUAAUGAAAGGAUCAUUGAGGGGAACAAUCACACUGAUGAAACCCCGACAACAGUUUGUGUGGGAAACACCAAAUGGUAUGUUUUGCAUUUCUUUUUGUGAAGCUGAUACACCGUGACCGCAAAAUAAAGUAAUGUAUAGAAUACUUAUCAUUUAAUAUGCUAUCAUCGGUUUCGCUCUGCCAACCGACACAAAUAUGAAUGGGAUUAGAGCAGGGGUCCCCAACCUUUUUUGCACCACGGACCGGUGUGAUUUGGGUCUUUUUUUCACGGACCGGUGUCCCUCUUUUAUAUUCAGUUGGGACUCUCAAUGUUAUCCAAUGGUGCUAAAAAACUAUUUACAUCACAAACAUACAUGUGCAACACGGAAAUGGCGUAAAUUAACGCUUAACGACACGGCGUUAAGUGAGAGGGCUACGUGCAGUUGUUGUGUGCGCCAAACAUGGCAAAACGUAAGUUAAUAUUCCUUUCUUUAAAGAAAGUUUGUAGUGUGUACUUAGGAAUCGCUGCAUUGGCGGUCCUUUUUAACGUGACGCGCAUGCCAGCUUUGUCAGAACACCGGCAAUCUGCGGCAGAAAAAUACAGUAAAUAUAAAAUAGCAUUUGUUUUUAGCCCCGUCGUGUUAAGUGCAGGGGAAAAAAUACAACUCACCCGCUGAAUCAGUGGGAGGGCUCAGUUUGUUUCGUUGAGAUGAGAUGGGAGAGUGAGAGAAGCUAGCAUCAAGCUAGCGAUGUUGGAAAUUGUAGCACAGUUUUCAGCGCGCUCCAAGCGAUGUCGGGAUAUUCCGAAAUGACUUUAAUCCAGAACUUCGGUAGACUUGUUGUCUCAAAUGUACGUUUAAGUCGCCGUGAUUUGCGAUCUCUACAAGCUGAUAUUCCUGUUCCACAGACAUGCUCGAAUCACUCGAUUUAUUCACAUACGGGUCAUGAAUUCACUCCUUCGCAGUUCGUGGGUCUUUAGUGAUUGGGAAGUAGCAUAAAUUUUGUUUUCUUUGAGGUUGUAGGCACAUCUUCUGGCUCGUCAGGUUCCCGUUUCCCUGUAAAAUUGCAAAAUUAGCCCUCUUAGCACUGACGAACUUUACUCAUUGUCUGCGUAGUCCAGCUCUUUUUCUCGCGUUCGGGAACUCAUGGGUACUACGUUGUGACAAAUGGCUGCUUGUAAACCACAUAGCACGACAGGUUUGAACCAUUUUAGCGAUUUUUUGAUAAAACACGAACGCAAGUCUCUCGUCGAUAAACAACGAUGGCACCUGCCUCGGCCUUUUGUUUCCUUGUAAUGACGUCUCCGCCCCAUUCGGCUGUUUCCGGAACACUUUCGGAAAUGUUCGUCAUUUUCGAUCUAUUUUCGAUAAUUGCUCAUUAAUGUGAUUGAUUUUUUUGUUAACUUUAUCAAUAUUUGUUAUCUUGGCAUAUAACGGUUCUAUUGAUGUCUCACACCCCCUUUGCGUUUUCAUACCCUUUAAAUAUCUGCAGAAAUGCGAGGGGUGUACUCACUUUUGUGAUACACUGUAUAUAACUAUACAGGACUGUGACAGAAAAUAAGAGUGCGCCCUCAACAUGACUCAAAAGCGUGGAUUUUAACCUCUCUCCCAGUUUUUAUUUGGCACCGAUUGACCACGGAUUAGAGGUGCACGAUAAUUAUCGGUCCGAUAAUAGGAAUUAUGAUGUCAUCCCAAUAAAUCCGAUAACAUUAUUACCGUAAUUUCCCGAAUAUAACGCGCACUUUUUUCCCCCAAAAUCAACUUGUAAAAUCAUGGUGCGCAUUUUAAACGUGUACAGGGAUGGAGACAAAAACUAUAAAUAUAUUAUAUACAUUGGGCGUACUUCAUUUUUUACGGUGCUUUAAAGACACCACAUGAUAUAACCGGCUGGCGUGAAGAUAGAACGGCAAGCGUCUGAUUGGUAUAAUGAAGUCAUGUGAUUAUUAUUGCGACGUCUCAUUGGUGAAAUCGGUAGAGCUACCCCAGUAAUACACCAGGCACGUCUCUACUCUUAGCAUCGCUGGCAAAAAAAAAUAAAUAAAUAAAUCUAAUAUGUAGAAUUAAGAGGAAAAAAUGUAACGACUCCUGUGUAGCUUAAAAUAGCACUGUAAGAAUAACGUUUUUUUCUUCACAAAUCUACUUCAGUAACUUCAGUAACGGAGUACAUAUAACGCGUUACUACCCACCUCUGGUCUUUUGUUCUAUGUUUUUAUAAGACGCGGUGACUCACUCCCUGUUAACUGAAUUUUCCCAAGGGUAUAAUAAAUAUUCUAAAUUUGAUUAAAAUUCAAAAGGUUUGCUACUGAAUAGAAAUUUUAAUUUUCUCACAGUAAACAAUGUCUGCACUUAUCAUGCUGACAACAGGCAGCAAGGUAACUUCCAAAGACCACAUGAGUAAUCAGUGGGGCUGCUAAAAAAAUAACUCACCCAGGACGGAAUAUUGUGAUGUUACUGGUAUUUAAAAACAAAACAAACACCAAAUACAUAAAAUGAGGUUUCAAAAUUGGGAAAAAUCAACAUGAGGUACAGUAUACAGUAUGUUGUUUCUCUCUAUUUGUAGUGUCAUCAUAACCCUUGUUAUUCCUCCGUGUCGCUGCUGCUCACUUUUUAUCCACCUUUAAAUCCUCUGGAUCUCCAUGAAUCAAGAUCGCAACUGUAAUUUUACUACCUUUCUGCAUGCAUUUUUUUUGCAUUAUAUACAGUAAAUAGUAAUCCAUGACUUUUUUUUUUUUUUUUACAAGUACUUUCCACCAGUGAUCUGUCGCGAACAUGUUUCUUAUGCAAUAUUUUGCAGUAUUACGUCAUUUGUAUUGUUUCCUCCAUAACGAACAAUUACAUGCAUUUUACAAAUAAUAAAGGUAGCUCUGUCGAAACGACUCCGUUUUUCUUUCUCGGUCCCAUAAAAACAACUUCCAUUCCCUGAAACUUAAGGUAAUCCACAUACUUCAAAUAUAUUGGCAUAGAAGAAAAACUUACUUGCCAAAGCAAACAUGUGACAAUUAGUUCAGGAAACAAGUUUACUUCAUCUCAGUCUCUUCAAACAGACAAGAAAAACUGGCUUUCUUACCUUCCGCUCGAUCAACUCUGCAAGACUGUUUCUGCUUGGAUUUACAAGAGGCUCUCGUAAUUUUUGUUUGUUUGUUUUCUUGAAAAUGACCAUCAAUUUUUUCACACUUGAAUAUGACCCCAUCAAUAGCCAAAACAUCUUCACAAAUGGAGAUAUCAUCAAUGGAAGAAUCAUCGUAGAAGUCUCAAAAGAAACUCAAAUCCAGUCCCUAAUCUUCAUUGGAAAAGGCAGUGCAAGAGUUCGCUGGCAUGAACGUCAUGGGAAACGUUCUCGUUACUACUGGUCGGAUGAGAAAUAUUAUGAGAUUAAGCAAAAUGCCUUGAAACCUGGUAUUGAUUGUAUCAGCAAAGGAAGACAUGUGUUCCCGUUUUCCUUCAAGGUUCCCAAUAGUAAAAUGCCAUCAACUUUCAAGUCAUCGAUUGGUAGGAUUGUUCAUAAGCUUACAGCGGAGCUCAAACAGUCGAUGAAGCUGACAAAAACGGCGAAAGCCCACUUCACAUUUGUUUCCAAAGCAGAUAUGGAUAUAUAUGGACUAAUGGAUCCUCAGCAUGAUUCCACCGAUAAAACACUCAAGGUUUUUGGGUCUGGAACUAUUGCAAUGGAUGUUUACGCCAAUAAAAUGGGAUAUCAACCAGGUGAAGCUGUCCAUGUCAAAGUCGAAAUUCAUAACCAAUCGUCCCGUGAAGUGAAGCCCAAAUUUGAAUUGUACGAAAAGCAGAGUUUUUUUGCUCAAGGUCGCAGGAGACUUAGCACAUAUGAUAUUCUCAAGGAGAAAGUUGAAUCCGUUGAUGCCAAUGACAAAGGGAUAACAGUGGAGAAGGUGAUCACAAUCCCCAGGAAUCUGCCUCCCUCCAUUCUGAACUCCACCAUCAUCAAGCUGGAAUACAGGCUGAAGGUUGUUCUGGAUGUGAAAUAUGCAAUAGACCCAGUUGUCAAACUUCCAAUAGUUGUCCUACCUGCUUUUGAGAUUCCUCGAGGAAAAGAACCUCUGGCUCCUGCUGCUUAUGGAUUUCAGGAAUUUGGGAAUUCAUCCCAACAGACGUGGAGCCAAACACCCCAACCUUUUGGUCUCCCUCCACCAUAUGAAGAACAGCUAGGGUAUCCUACAUUUAGUAAUUCUGACAAGUAUGGAAGUUAUCCACAAAUCACACAUGCACACACACAGAACUUCCCAGAGUGGAGUGAAACAAAAAAACACCUCAAAUUUGAAAAAUGAAAAUUAAAAAAAUUACAUACCGUAGUUUUCGGACUAUAAGGCGCACCUGACUAUAAGCUGUCACCCACCACAUUUGUCACAAAAACAGCAUUUUUUUCAUAGAUAAGCCGCAGCUUUCAUCAUUGUAUUAUCGGAUAUUUACACCAAAAGAUAUUAACCAGGAACACUUUAUUUGACAGUGGCAUCAUAAGACUGUCAUAAGACCAAAUGAACCACCUUGAACCUUUGAACCAAUUGGCUGCAAAGCUUCAUUGCUUCAAGAAGCUUUAUUUGGCCAUCACUGCUCCCUUAGGGGAGACAGUCAUCCUCUGCUUCCACCUGCUGUCAACACUGUUGUCGUCCAACAUGUCUCCUAGCAUGCGUUGCAGCGUUACAGAUGUAAAUAACAAUCAAAAUUCAUCUUCUGUGCUAAUUAUUUCUUCAGUUACUCUUUCAGUUGUCUCAUUAAUUUCUAGCUCUGGUAUUUGGUAACACUUUAUUUGACAGUGGUACCAUAAAACAUAAGACCAUCAUAUUUAUGACAUGACACUGCCAUGAGCAUUCAUGAAUGCUUAUGACAGAUGUCAUUUUGUGUCAUCUGGCAAAUUAUCUCACUAUUGAAUAGAUAUAAAAGAUCUGAGUUUGACAUACAGUAGGAGUGGGAACCUCUUGGUACCUCACGAUACGAUACGAUAUGCGAUAUAUAGCCCACGAUAACGAUGAUCUGCCGAUAUGGCGAUCAUAGGCGGAUCGACUAUUCAGGCGAAGUAGACGAUCGCCUUAGGCGCCCAACCAGUAGGGGGCCCCCAACCAGCUGCCCUUGCCCCAACAAGCAACGGCUUGGGCCACCGGAGCCAGCAGCACCCACAACUAUUCGUCAUGGAUAAUUAUGUCAGCAUACCAAACAAACAAGUAACAAAACAAAAAGAAAGCCAUUUGAAUGCUGCAUUUACAUUCCCCCCCCACACACACGCACUACAAUGGACUGUUCCACGACGACGGACAGAGUAUCAGUCGCUUAGCUUCAUUUGGCGCCGUUUAGCAUCGCUUAGCUCCGCUUAGUUGUUUGUUAGCUUCACUUAGCUCUCCCGCUGUUUUCACGCCACUAAGCUCGCUAUCUUUACAGCUCACUUGCUACUUUGCGCGUCGGCUGUCGCUUAAUUCGAACACAUGAGCGAACGUGCUCUCCAUUAGAGCCAAAGUUCAGUGAGGGAGGAGUUGAGAACAGGCCUCGAAUGCCUCUUUUAACUUUCUUCUUCUUCUUCUUCACACCGAACAUAAAAUACACGACAGCCCACCGUGUGGCGAAACAAUGUAGUACAGUUCCAAUCAGUCAUACAAUAACACUCAACAGCUGGUUAACAGCAAAAGCAUGUCAUGUUCGUCAUAUAAAUACUGAUUUCUGGAGUUAAUCCCACAUACUUCAGAAUUAAUAUUAUAAUAUGUUGAGUAAAUACUACAUAAUACAGAUUCUACAUGACAAAUAUGAUUGGCAAUGAAUAAUUAUUAUAAUUAUUAUACUACUAAUAUAUAGUAGUAUACUAUAAUAAUAUUGCUAGAAUUUUUUUUAAAGAAUUGUUUUGAAUAAUGUUGAAAAGCAAAGUCAGUGUUCUGAAUCUGUUUACUUUCCAUUCUUUUGUACUAGUAAAUGCUAUCAGCAUUUAACCUCAUUGUUUAUGUGUGAUUAAUUAUUGUUAUUUACAUGAUUAUUUGUACUUUAAUAAAGAAUUUAAGUGUUCCAAAAUAGUUUUGUGAAUUAAUAAGCGUCAACAAAAAUGUCAUUGCUAAAUUAGUAAAAAAAAAAAAGAAAAUUAUUAGAUUAGUCGAUUAAUUGUAAAACUAGUCGGCUGACCAGUCAGGAGAAAAUUUGUCAUGUAGGACAGCCCUAGUGUACCAGAACAUAUUUCCUCCACACACUUCUCACCUUUUUAACCCCUGACCCAUGAAGGGGGGCCCCUGGAUAUGUUUGCCUUAGGCCCCAAAAUUGCCAAGUCCGCCACUGAUGACGAUACAACGAUUAUCGAUACAUUGGUCAAGAAUUCAUUCUAGGAUAUUCUACAAACAACUAAUAAACAGAAAAACAAGCUUCUGCUGUGAAUUGGAAUGAGAUUAUCAUUAGUAGACGUCCAAUCCAUUUGAACUGGGAGGAUGGUAGCGAAUGAACGUUUGUUAAUCCGCUGCCAUCCCUCCCACUUCAAAUGGAUUGAACGUCUAUGGCCGGUAGUGUCAGCCAAUGCCAGACAAUGAGGUCAUUUUGGGCCAUUUAAGGUCAUUUACCUGUUCAUUUUCAGUUACUUCCUGUUGAUUUGGGGGCAUUUUAUGGGUCUCUUCCUGUUUAUUUUCGAGUUACAGAACAGGAAAUGACCCAGGUAUCACCCAAAUGAAUAGGCAGUGACUCAAACUCCACAGAAAAUGACCUGUAAAUGCCCUAAAAUGAACGGCAAGUGACCUUUAAAUGCCCUGGAAAUUGGACAGAAUGACUGUGAAUGCUCUGGUUUCAAAUGAACGAACGUUCCCAGUCUAAAUGGAUUGGGCGUCGAGCACCGUCAAUGCAGCCUUAGAGUUAACUGAGACAAUAUUAUGGUGGAAGAUUUUGGUAGCAACUUGUUGGUUCAUUU